AUGGCGGACAUUCCCGGCUUCGUUGGGUUCUCUCUCAACGAAGACAUCCCAUCGUCAUUCUCCAAGAGACAAAACGGUUGUGUACAAUGCGAGAACACGUCGCCGUCCUGUCCUACUUGUGCCGCUGAUGAAGUAUGUCAAUUGAAGACACGGACUUGCGAUACAUGUCCUCGAGCUGUCUGUGUCGCAGACCCAACAGCUGCGACUUCUCAACCUACCGUCAGCAGUGGACCAAAUGUCGGCGCUAUCGUGGGCGGUGUAAUUGGAGGUUUAGUUGCCGUUGGAAUUAUCACAUACCUAUUCUGGAGAUUCUGCGUCAAGAGCAAGAGGGGCCAAUACGAACAGGAGCAAUGGCAAGGUGAUGUGGAACACAGCAAAGAAGGCGGUGCUAUAGAUAACGACUUCGCAUCGAGACGGUCGAAACGAACUUCGACACAUACCGUACACUCGAUCGCCUCCACCGUUCUUACACGCGCUUCCAACAUUAUCCAAAUUGCCUACAUUCCUGGCGUCACUAACCGAGCCACUCCUACUUCACCAACAUUACUUGUUCCCCCCGUCCCUCCAAUUCCUAUCCAACACGCGGAAAGUGGCAACAACUCGCCCUUCGACGAACAGCGAUUUUUCGUUCCUGGGGACCUUCGCGAUUCUACAUACUCGGGUAUCUCUGGUUACAGCGAUCGCUCAUCCGUUGCGCGAACUUCUUAUGCUCCUCGAUCCAGUGUUGCUUCAACCAUAUAUGGCAAGAAUGCUAUAGUGUCCCCUCUUCCGGCCCAAAAGGGCAACUUCCUCAAGCCGUCUAUCGUCAGUGUCAAAUCGCGUGCUGCCAGCAGCAACAGCGGCAGUUCAACGCCUCCUGUGCCAGCUGUCGAUUACGAAAAAUACGAACAACCACCUCCGUCUCCAGCCUUCAGCAUCGGUGCUACUUUCUUCAAAAACGCUAGUGCAUCAACAGCGACCGCCGUACGACCUCAAAUGGUACGCGUUGGUAGUGGUCCUAAGACUGUUGAUGUAAAGUCGAAAUCUGGUAGUACUGCUGCUGAGGAGUCUGACGGCCCCGAACCCCUAGUCCAACUACUUAAUUCACGCAAGGAAAAAGAUAAGGAUCCAAAUGCGGUGACGAUAAUCGUGGAUGAACCUCCAGCAGAUCAGGGACCUUUCGCUGACCCGCCCAGUCGUGGUCAUCAAAGUAAGAGCUCCUUGAGUGCAGUAAUGGGCGAAACCGCGAAACAACCCACAGAAAACAAACGCAAACCUUCCAUAGGUGCGGUACGAACAAGUAGUCCUUUCGGUGACGAAAAUGCUGUACGGGAUUAA